AAUGUCAGAUCGUCCAAAGAUUCUGAGCCUCUCUGAUCUAGCAAAGGAUGUGCUUCGUAAUAUUGCAAUCGGCACUUUGUUAGAAGGAAUUAGAAAACGUGAUUUGCAAACCAUCAAACAAACGAUAAAGGAUUAUAACAACAACAAGAAAACUCUGAAGAUAAUCGAUAAUUCCGUUCUUCUCAGAUGUUUAAAAGAGGCAGCCGAACAAGAUAAUGAAGAAAUUUUUACGCUCCUCUUGAGAUGCGAAGUAGGCUCUAAUCUUCGUGGAAAAAGAGGAAAUCGCUCAUUUAAAUGCCUUUAUAGAUGCAUAGCUCUGCACUUGAUCAGAUUAGGCAGAAAAUACCUUUUGAAAAAGCUGCUUGAAUUUACAGAAGGAGUUAUUAAUCCGAACAGAGAACCACCAUCAACAAAUAAGCUUUUGAGAACAACAUUAACUUUGGGCAGGCACGAUUGUUUUCGAAUUCUUCUAAACCAUGUACAAGUUACAGAGAAUAAAGAAGCUUUUGUCAUAGUACUAAAUAGCCCAUUGGAAGACAAAGUUGAAUUGUUUAAAAAUAUGCUUUCAAGAAUGAUUAAGGAUGAAGAUAGAGAUCAAGCAAUUCUAAAAUAUUGUCUGUUGGAAAAUAUUAGUACAGAGAACUUGAAAUCCGUUCUACCAUUUUUCUCAUUAUCAAGAAGAGGAAGAAAUCAUCUUUGUCAUUCUACCUUACUAAGUAAUCAUAAAGAUUUCUUUAAAUUCGCUGUAAAAGAGAAAAUUUUCUCUUUUCGAAAGGAGCACGUGUACGAUACUCUCUUUUACGAGUGUUCUUUUCUGGAUGAGUUGUUGGAAGAUUAUACAACAUAUUAUAAAGACUAUUUAGAUAAAUUCUUCCUCCCUGUACAAAAAUUCUAUAUUCUUCGUCGACCAUCAAAACUAUAUACAAUCUUCACACACGAUAAAUUUGUUAAUCAGUGUCAAAAUCAUAUAAAUGCUCUAUUUGGAGGAUUAUUUAAUUUAAACAAUUCAUUUUCGGCAGAUUUGGCUUGUAGAGUAUGGAAUAUUCGUCAAAUGUGGUUGACAUCAUUUUGUUUAUUAAUUCAUUUUAGCCAUAAUCCAAUUGGUUUAUCUACAGACGCUAUUAAUCGCAUGUUUGCUUGCUUGAUUACGUUCUUUCUAGAUGAUGUUGAAACUUUAACAUUUUUUGGAUCACUUAUAGCAACUGUCGUUUGGUAUGGUUAUACAUACGAUAACUUAACUUUAAAUAAUAGUUUCUUUUGGGCAAUUGAUGAGAAAAGUAGCUAUGCAUAUUUUUACGAAUUGUUAUUAUGCAUAUCCGAUCAAAAGUCUUUCAAUCAUUUGGUAAAAAGCAGAAAUGGUCCUGUUUUUGUUAUGCCACUCAAGUCUAUGGCUAAAUGGUGUGUAAGAAAGCAAAUAGGGAGACCUUUUCCUCUUAGAGCUAAAAAAUUGGUGGAAGAUAGUAAAUUACCUUUCGUUGUUACUAGUCUUCUCAAUCUCGAAAAGGAAAUGGAAAGCUUAGGUUUUCACAGGAUUGUAUUCACAGUUAAAGAUGGCGAAGUAAUCUUUGAAAAGAAUUGUUACGAGAGUUUUGAUAACGAAACAGAUAUUGGUGAUGAAUCUUACGAUUCAACAAGUACUUUAACUAGCGAAGAAGAGUUUUAA